AUGGAUGUAGUGGGAGUAGUACCAUUGAGUGACAGAUCUAAAUGCCACAAGAACUUCAAAAUGAAGAGGAAUCCUCGGAAAGUAAAAUGGACCAAGGCGUAUAGGCGAGUGCAUAGAAAGGAUAUGACUCAGGAUUCAACCUUUGAGUUUGAGAGAAAGCAAAACAGGCCAGAGAGAUAUGACAGGAAUCUUGCGGAGAACGUCCUCAAGGCCAUUCCAAAGAUUGAAAAGAUCAGAUUCACCAGGGAGGAGAGGCACCAUAAGAAUAGAAUGAAGGGCAAGAAAGAAAAGAUACAAAAGGAGGCAGCAAAGGAGUUGGAGCAGGGCAUCAGGUUGGUCAAAUCUCCUUUGGCCCUUCAGAAGGACCCAUCUCUUACAUUACCACAAAAGAUCAAAGUCUCUGUUUCCCAACGGCAAUCAGAGGACAACAAUGCGAUGGAGCAGUGA